GAUCGAAAAUAAAUGUUGUGUUUUUUUAUGUGUGUUGCAGGUAUGAAUUUGUUUGCCGAAGACUGAACCGUCGAGGACUUUGAACAACUCAACUCAAAUUCAUGUUUUUUCUUCAAGUAAUGGACAUUUGAUUACUAUUUUUGCCUCAAGUUUGUUCCUGAAGGAAAGGCUAGCUCCUAGCUACCACAGCCCCACCCAUAAGAAGUCUUUAAGUUGAUAUUAAAACCAUGAAGGUUGACGACAUAAAUUACUGAAAUAAGAGAUAUAAGUGCCUGAAAAGCACGUUAUAAUAAUCCCGAGACGCUGGAGAUCUGUUGUAUCAAUAAUAUGGCAGCUGGACCAGUGGACCCCAGACAGAUUUUAAAAGGUGUGGAAGCUCUGUUGGGCAAGGAUGGAGAACUCCGCAGCCUGGAGGGAGUCCCAAAGGUGUUUAGCCUGAUGAAAGCUUCUACCAAGAUGGUCAGUAGAUGUAUGUACCUCAACAUCCUGCUCCAGACGAAAUCACAUGAUGUUCUUAACCGGUUUAUCAGAGUUGGAGGAUACAGGCUGCUCAACUCCUGGCUCAUCUACUCUAAAACCACCAACAACUCCCCUCUGCUGCAGCUCAUCCUCCUCACACUGCAGAAGCUGCCUCUCAAAGUGGACCACCUCAAACAGAACAACACAGCCAAGCUGGUGAAGCAGCUAAAGAAAGGCGCCGAUACCGAAGAUCUUAGGAAGUUGGCGUCCGUGCUCAUGGAUGGCUGGAUGGCUAUAAUCCGCUCUCAGAGUGUCUCGGGCAGUGGCAACUCUCCUGCUGAUAAGAAAAAGAAGAAAGAGGAGAGCAAGAUGCCGGUGCGGGACGUGAAGGAGAAGAUUGUAGAGGAGGACAAGAAGAAGGAGAAACCUAAAGCCCACGCACCCAGUCACACAAAGAUUCGCUCCAUAGGACUGGAGAUCGAUACACCAAACCCUGCCCCUGCUAAGAAGGUGCCUGUAGCGCCACCACUGGGUGACAAGUACAACAUCAAGCCUCCACUCCUAAAGAGGCACAGCAGCGCUGGCCCAGCAGAUAAUCCACCGCUGGAGAAAAAAUACAAACCACUCAAUACGCCGUCAAACUCUGCCAAAGAAAUUAAAGUCAAGAUCAUUCCAGCGCAACCAAUGGAGGCCACUGGUUUCCUUGAUGCACUGAACUCUGCCCCAGUUCCAGGGAUUAAGAUUAAGAAGAAGAAAUCCAGCGCUAGUGCUCCAACAAGCACCAAGGCCGUGUCCCCCACAUCCAACAAGGCGAAUCCCUUUGACGGCAAACCAUCCGCAUAUUCUUCAUCGACCAUGAAGCCGUCAUCUCCAGACGCUGCCGCCUCCAGCACGCCCACCGAUGAAAACCACGAGCCAGAGCAGCCCGGGACCCCAGUUCCCUCUGAGGACCCCGAGGCGUCUGACAACAGUGAGAAACCCAACGCUCUGGCAGAACCGCGCGGCGAAGAAGAAAGCUUGACCAAGAAGGGCAAGAAGAAGAAGACGGUUCACUGGGCCGAGGAGGAGCAGCUCAAACACUACUUCUACUUUGAUCUGGAUGAGACGGAGAGAGUUAACGUCAACAAGAUCAAGGACUUUGGCGAGGCCGCGAAACGAGAGCUGAUGAUGGACAGGCAGACGUUUGAGAUGGCCCGUCGGCUCUCCCACGACACCAUGGAGGAGAGGGUUCCCUGGACGCCGCCUCGGCCCCUGACGCUGCCCGGCAGCCUGGUCUCGCACGGCGCCAACAGCACAGAGAAGUUCACACAGAGGGAUCGCGAGAUGGGCAUCCUGCAGGAGAUCUUCCUCAGCAAAGAGAGCGUGCCCGAUACGCCGCAUGAACCAGACCCAGAGCCGUAUGAGCCCAUGCCUCCUCGUCUCAUUCCUCUGGAUGAGCAGGACUCGUCCAUGCAGGAUGACAGCUAUGCCGAGCCCAUGGACACCACGCCGCAGCAGGGCUCCGCCUUGGCUCCAAACGAGAGCUCCAAGCUUCCGCCUGUCCUCGCUAACCUCAUGGGGAACCUGAGCAACAGCUCGCGCAGCCCACAGUCCUCCAACAACGUCAGCAACCCCAUACCUCCCUCUGUCAACGUACAGGAGCUGCUCUCAUCCAUCAUGGGUGCUUCUGGUAACCAGUCGACUGAAGACCUGAUCAAGCAGCCUGACUUCUCGGACAAGAUUAAACAGCUGCUCGGCUCCCUGCAGCAGACCCAGAACCAGAACCAGGGUGGACCUCCACCAGUCAACCCAGGUUUACUGGGUCACGGUCCAGGCAUGAACAACAUGAACAACAUGAACAACAUGAACAACAUGAACAUGCACAUGCAGAUGCCAAUGAACGGCGGCUACCCGCCCAACAACCCGCCCGGAGGCCCCCGCUUCAACCACCCGCCGCCACCACACAACCACGGCCCGCCGUUCAACGCCGGUGGAGGCCCCCGCAUGAUGGGGCCGCCUCCGGGCCAGGGCCGGGGAGACAACGGCAACUACUGGGGAGACGACUCCAUGAGAGGAGGCCCCCACAGAGGGGGCCACUUCCACCGGGGAGGCCGCGGCAGAGGAGGAGAGCCGGGCUUCAGGGGGCGAGGACGGGGAGGACCCAGAGGAGGACACAACAACAUGAACGACAUGUCCAAGAGGCCUGUGUGCCGUCACUUCAUGAUGAAGGGAAGCUGCCGGUACGAGAACAACUGCGCCUUCUACCACCCCGGCGUGAACGGACCGCCGUUGCCGCCGAACCACCCGGCCCACAACCAACACAACCAGCACCCACAGCACGGACACUAGGUGGCGCUGCCGCCAUUUGGAUCAAGUCUGCCAACUGCUGACCUCUUCGAGGAGCCGCUCUCUCUGAUCAAAGACCACUGCAGGACGUCAAGUUCAGGACACAAGCGUGGACGGCGUAGGGUGUGUGUGUGUGUGUGUGUGUGUGUGAUUGAGUGUGUGAGUGAAGUCCUGCAGAAGUCACUGUGGAGCUUACGCCUGUCUGGUGAUCACUAAUGGAACUGCGUUUUUCCUUUUUUUUUAAAUUAUUUUGAUCAUUUCCAACAGAGACUGUAAACUAAGCCUCCACACUGACCCACGCCUGUGGCUCGCUGCCUGUGUGCUCAGUCACUUUCCAAACAAGUAACUCGGUUGACCAAAAUGGAAGUCUCCUUCUCAGCAGAAAGCUAUUUCCUCCCCCCCAUGUGAAUACAUUUCUUUUGGCGUUGUGGCUUUUGUACUGUGUACCUACAACGUGAUGUUGCUUUCAUCUGCCCCUCUUUUCUUUUUUGUUUUUUUUGGAUUGGCCAGGUUUGAGUCAGAAGAAGAAGAAGAGUCAUAAAUGUUCUCCAUUUUUUUACACAAAAAAAAGCACUUUAUGAAGACAAAGGCCAAUAGAGUUAUGAUUUAUUAAUAUAAGAGACUGAAAAAGAACUACCUGGUAUCAAACAGCUUUAUUCCCCUCCUGAAAAAGUUAAAAUGAUGAGCUGAUGAGUAUAAAAAUGGUCCUGCAUAUUUUUUUUUUUUGUUUCUUCCUUUUUUCUCAAAGCAGCUGUUGUUGGUUGUGAAGAGAAGCAACAGUGAUGUGCGUGUUGUGUGUACGUUUCCCGCACACGCGUGUGCUCUGACUCGGCGACUUAGCUGUGUGUCUGUGUCUGUGUGUGUGUGCGCGUGCAACAAUCAUGCUCCAUCACACACUGGUCCUGUCAGAAGAGUUCCCACAGCUGCUGCCUGUAUCUUCUGCGCUCCCUCCUGAACCCACGCAGGGGGUUUACUGUCAGUGUUACGAGUCGAAUGAGGGAGGUCAGCCAAUUUUGAAUGUUUUCUGUGAAAACAAUGACCGUUGUGUCUCUUGUGGGACUGUAAGAAUGUCAAUUUUUUUUUUGCUCUCUUUCACCUCCUGUAUUUUUUAAAAUCAUAUUUUCAGUUGAAUUUUUUUGUACACAGUGUAUUAAAUAAAUGCCCAAAUACAAA